GUGCUUUUGUUAACGUGGUAAACGUAAAUCAGAGAUUAUGUCGGUGUACUAUAGUCAUGUUUGAAAGUUGAAUAUUGUUAAAAUAAUUUUCUAAAUAAUUACACAAGUAUUUAUAUUGCAGAAUGUUUGUUUCAACUAGUUAUUUAUGAUUAGCUGUAUGUACAUAAAUAUAAGAAGCAAAUUUAUAUUAUAAGAACCCAAAAUGACUGCCUCAAUCAGUGGAAAAAAUUUACUUGCUCCAACUGGGCUACAAUGCAAAAACUUGCAUGAAUAUCUCAAAUCUAGAUCUUCUGAAAUGCUAAAUAGACUGUACAACAAUCCUCCAAUUUGCCUCGCAGUUUACAGAGAGCUGCCGGAAAUUGCAAGGCACUACAUUAUGAGAUUACUGUUUAUUGAACAAACAAUUCCCCAAGCUAUGAUUGCUUCUUGGUGUUCUAAACUCAAUAACAGUGAUCAUGAAAAUGUAGUACAAGUUAUGAAUGAACUGCAUAUUUGGAAAGAAGCCCCUAUUCCGGGAGGUAUGCCUGGAUGGGUACUCAAUUCCACUUUUAGGAAAAAUUUGAAAAUUGUAUUGUUAGGAGGAGGUAUUCCAUGGACAAUGUCUAACAAUCUUGAAUCUGACAGUAAACCUAGAGAUGUAGCAUUUCUUGAUUCUUAUGCUUUGGAAAGGUGGGAAUGCGUUUUACAUUAUAUGGUUGGAUCACAACAACAAGAAGGUAUAUCAGCUGAUGCUGUCAGAAUUUUGUUACAUGCUGGGUUGAUGAAACGGGAUGAAGCAGAUGGUAGUCCUGUUAUAACACAAGCAGGCUUUCAAUUUUUAUUAUUAGAUACUGCAGCUCAGGUUUGGUAUUUUAUUCUUCAGUAUUUGGAUACUGUUGAAGCAAGAGGGCUACAUUUAGUAGAAUGUUUAACAUUUCUUUUCCAAUUAAAUUUCUCUACACUUGGAAAGGAUUAUAGUACACAAGGUAUGUCAGAAGGGCUAUUAACAUUUUUGCAACAUCUUAGAGAAUUUGGUCUGGUUUACCAAAGAAAAAGGAAAGCUGGAAGAUUUUAUCCAACAAGACUUGCUCUAAAUAUUGCUACAGGGCAGAAUAAACCAAUAUCAAGAGACUUAGAAAAAGAACGUUACAUUGUUGUUGAAACAAACUACAGGGUAUAUGCUUACACAAAUUCUAACUUACAAGUGGCUCUGAUAGGAUUAUUUUGUGAACUGUUAUAUAGGUUUCCAAAUCUGGUAGUAGCAAUCCUAACCAGAGAUUCAGUUCGCCAAGCUUUGAAGAGUGGCAUUACUGCUGCUCAAAUAGUUGGAUAUCUAAAUCAACAUGCACAUAAUAAAAUGAUUGAGAAUGGGCCUCCAGUUUUGCCACCAACUAUUGUUGAUCAAAUCAAGUUGUGGGAAAAUGAGAGAAACCGAUUUAUAUUUAAUGAAGGAGUUUUGUACAGUCAGUUUCAUUCUCAAACAGAUUUUCAAGUACUUAGGGACCAUGCUCUUUCCAUGGGUGUCCUGAUCUGGCAAAAUGACAGAAAAAGGACUAUUGUUGUUACAAAAGCUGGAUACGAUGAAAUUAAAAGGUUUUGGAAGCGCUAUUCAAAGGGAGCUAAUUAGAAAAUUAUCAUUUGUUUAUAUGUGAAUACAUUUGUUUUCUAUUUAAUUAUGAUAUU